AUGCCCAGGGUGCCUGGAUCACACCUUCCUAUUUCAAGUCCCGGGGCAACUGCAGAUCCAUGCCUUCCUAUACCGGCUGUUCCGGUGAACGCAACUAAAAUGUAUCGUACUCCAUACUGGAAAUUCGAAUUGGCGUCUGGCCCUGGUUAUCGCACACUCUCUUUACUUAUCAGGUACUCUGACGUCAGGUUCGAGCCUUGCCCGCCGGCGCGCGGAACAUUCCGUGGAAGAGGUGCACCUCGCGGUGGCUCAGCAUCUCGUGGUGGUGCCCCCCCAGGAUCAGCAGACAAACCUCGCCGCGAAGCUAUCCUCGACUUGAGCAAAUAUCAAGACGAACGCAUUCGUGUGAAAUUCACCGGAGGCCGUCAAGUCACCGGCGUGCUCAAGGGCUAUGAUCAGCUACUCAACCUCGUGUUAGACGACGUACAGGAGGAGAGGCAGGAACCUACACCACAUACACGUGCGCUCGGCCUCGCCGUCUUGCGUGGUCCCACUAUCACAAUCCUUAGCCCAGUGGACGGAUCCGAGGAAAUCGAAAACCCAUUCGCGCAACAAGGAUGA